AGACUGAAGGACAACAACUUGGCUGUUCCCCUCCACCAAUUCCCCAAUAAAAUCUUUAAAAAAGAAAAAAGAGCAGCUUUGACUUCAUGUUCAGAAAGCCCAAUGUGGAGAAAGCAAACAGGUUCGUUUUUUGCUAUUAAGUAAGAAGUAAGCAUUCGCUGGGCUUGGUCCAGUGGCUGGGCAGCACGUGGGAGGCAUCUCUGGGAUUUUCUCAGAGUUCCAGGACACUGCCACGUACUGUUUUCACGACAGAGAAGGUUGGAAGGGCAGCAGGCUGUGUCCCUGCCUUUUAUCACAAAAGCACAUUCCUCAGAAACCCAAACCCCGAGCCCUGCCAGACUCCUCCUCAUGUCUCUGCCAGAUAUGCUCUCAUCACCACCGUGGCUGCCAGGGCGGCUGAGAAAGCCAACACGUGGACUGUCCAUCCUUGCCGACAGCAGGAGUCCCGGAAGGUGUCCCGUGAGCCCCCACUGUGCCCGUGCCCUCGGGAAGCACACCCACUCACUGUCCCUGCCCUCUCACAGCCCCCAUCACUCCCUCUGUGGCUGUUGCCUAGGGGUCUGUCCCAGACCCCUCGGCUGCCCCAUCUCAGUGCCUGACACAGGCCAGCCAGCAGCAGAGCUCAGCGGGGAGGCGGCACAGCUCCGUGUCUGAGCGCGCGGCUCAGGAGGCUCAGUCAGGGCUGCUCAGGUUCCGGCUCCGGCUUCCUGGCGGUGAGACGGUGCAGGGACGAAUCCUUCUGCACAACCAAGAUGAUAAUAACACCUGCCUCUCUGGGCUACGGCAAGAUUGAAUGUGAUAACACGCUCAUGGCACUUAGUACACCGCCUGGCACACACACACACACAAAAUGCACCGAGCCGGUGCACGCUGAGCUGGGACUCUCCGAGCACCGGGCACUGUGGCUGCCACACGCCCUGGGAGGCAGGCCCGUGGGAUCCGGCGGCAGUGACCGUGUUCGACAAACGCCCUAUUAACGGCAGGGCCGGGAGUGGGCAGAUAGAGGGUGCCGUCGGGCGGGCAGGCCUGGAGGCCCUGUACCCACAGAUGUCACACCGAGUGGGGUGGCGUGACGCGUGUCCAGCUGACACAAGCCGUGUGACCUCUCUCUGCCUCCGUUUCCGUUCCGUCAAAGGGCUGCUUGAGGAUUAGAAGAGUUCAUAUGGCGAGAGCUUGGCACAGCGGCAGGUCUCCAUCCGCCGUCACCCGCCGUCCUGCGCAGACAAGCCCGGGACUCGGGAAACCAGCGCGAUGGACGAGCGGGAGCGACGCCCCUCGCUCGCUUAGGAAUUCUGUGGAAAAGCGCCUCCCACGUGGGGGUGGCGCUCGUGGGGAGGAAGGCGUGUGGACGAGGCGGGGCAGGCGGGCGAGCCCGCGCCGUGCAGGCUGGAGGCUGGGCCGCGCGGACCCUCCUCGGCCGCCCCGGACGCCAGCGCCCGAACUCGCCCCGGCCUUCCGCCGAGUGACAUCUCUGCGGGCCGCGCGGCCCUCGGUCUCAGGCCUCCCGCCGGCUGUCACCACGGGCGGUCACCGCAGCCUGGCGCCCGGCAGGGUCACGGGGUAGAGCGAGGGGCGCCAACUCCCCUGAAGGCGCAGGGACCUCGCGCUCCGGACUCCGACAAGGUGACCACGUCCUCCUCGGCCCCGGGCACAGCAGUCUAGACCCAUCGAGCAACCAUGUUUUCUGAGCAGGCCGCCCAGAGGGCCCCCACUCUGCUGUCCCCGCCUUCAGCCAACAACGCCACCUUUGCCCGGGUGCCCAUGGUGACUUAUACCAACUGCUCACAGCCAUUCAGGCUGGGGGAGCGCAGCUUCAGCAGGCAAUACGCCCACAUCUAUGCUACCCGCCUCAUCCACAUGAGGCCCUUCCUGGUGAGCCGGGCGCAGCAGCACUGGGGCAGUGGAGUCCAGACAAAGAAGCUGUGUGAGCUGCAGCCUGGGGACAAGUGCUGUGUGGUGGGGACCCUCUUCAAGUCCAUGCAGCUGCAGCCAUCCAUCCUGCGGGAGGUCAACGAGGAGCACAACCUGGCGCCCCAGCCCCCUCGCAGCAAGUACAUCCACCCAGAUGAUGAGCUGGUCUUGGAAGAUGAACUGCAGCGUAUCAAACUGGAAGGCAGCAUCGAUGUGUCCAAGCUGGUCACAGGGACAGUGCUGGCUGUGCUGGGCUCUGUGAGAGAUGAUGGCAGGUUCCUGGUGGAGGACCACUGCUUCGCAGGGCUUGCUCCUCAGACGCCCGCACCCACCCUUGACCUGGACAGGUUUGUGCUGCUGGUGUCUGGUCUGGGCCUAGGUGGCGGCGGUGGGGAGAGCCUGCUGGGCACCCAGCUGCUGGUGGACGUGGUGACGGGGCAGCUGGGGGACGAGGGGGAGCAGUGCGGUGCCGCCCAAGUCUCCCGGGUCAUCCUUGCCGGGAACCUCCUCAGCCACAGCACCCAGAGCAGAGACUCCAUCAACAAGGCCAAGUACCUAACCAAGAAAACCCAGGCAGCCAGUGUGGAAGCCGUGAAGAUGCUGGAUGAGAUUCUCCUGCAGCUCAGUGCCUCGGUGCCCGUGGACGUGAUGCCAGGCGAGUUUGACCCCACCAACUACACGCUCCCCCAACAGCCCCUGCACCCCUGCAUGUUCCCACUGGCCACCGCCUACUCCACGCUCCAGCUGGUCACCAACCCCUACCAGGCCACCAUCGACGGAGUCAGGUUCCUGGGCACAGCAGGACAGAACGUCCGCGACAUUUUCCGGUACAGCAGCAUGGAGGACCACUUGGAGAUCCUGGAAUGGACCCUGCGAGUCCGUCACAUCAGCCCCACAGCCCCUGACACCCUAGGUUGCUACCCUUUCUACAAAACCGACCCAUUCAUCUUCCUGGAGUGCCCCCAUGUCUACUUUUGUGGCAACGCCCCCAGCUUUGGCUCCAAAAUCGUUCAAGGCCCCGAGGACCAGACGGUGCUGUUGGUGGCCGUUCCGGACUUCAGUGCCACGCAGACAGCCUGCCUCGUGAACCUGCGCAGCCUGGCCUGCCAGCCCAUCAGCUUCUCAGGCUUUGGGGCUGAGGACGAGGACCUGGGAGGCCUGGGUCUGGGCCUGUGAGUCACCAAGGCAGCCUGUCCAGAGGCCCCAACCACGCGUGCCUGCAGUGUCAGCACUGUAGCAGCUGUUCUUUGUAAAUAAAGCCUGACCGUUUACUGGUUACUGGUA